GACUGUCAAGAUUGAAUUUUAUGCUUAUAAAUUCGUUGAAAAUAUCAAAUUUGUGUAUAUUUUCUCGCAAAAUGUCCUCAACUUUACAAAUCAAUUUGGGCCUAAAUUUGGAAAGAAAAUUGCCGGAUACACAAAUUGUGAUACUUGGACGGAAAAAAUUUCUUAAAGGAUUGGAAUUUGAAAAGAACCAACUUUCGAAGAAGUUUGAGCCGCUGGUUGGGAAUGAUUUGUUUAAAAAGGCUAUUAAUCAAAUUGAAACGAAUGGAGGUUCUGUUCCGUUAUAUUUGGAUCUUGCCAAGAUUGUUUCUGUUUCCGAUGAUAUUUCUCGUCACAACACUCCAUCAAAUGCUUAUGCAAUUACUAGAGAAGUGAAGGCUAUAAAAUCGAUUAAAGGAAUUAAGAAUCUCAGCAUUCUGCUUUACUGUGAUUUUUCAAAUAUUAUGGCUUCUUGUGCUGCUAUAGCUCGGGCUUUCCCUCUAUUUUCUUUGAAAACAACAAAAUCUGGUUAUGAAUCGAUAGAAAUUGAGUUGGUGUUGCCAAAUGAAGAGGAGAAGCCAACAGAUUCGGACAUCAAAUUUUUACAAAAUCUUUGUACAAAUAUACGUGAAUGUUGUAGACUUGUGGAUACUCCUGCAGAUAUUUUGCAUACUGAGGCCUUUUUGGAUGAAGCUCUUUCACAAAUUGAACAAACUGGAAAGCCUGUUACAAAGACAAUAAUUAAGGGAGAAGAGUUGAAAGAAAAAGGUUUUGGAGGAAUUUAUAGCGUUGGAAGAGCUUCAUUGCAUCCACCAAUCUUUGCUUGUUUUUCCUACAUUCCAGAAGGCAAAAAAGAUGAAAAUUCGUCAAGUUAUGCUUUAGUUGGGAAAGGAAUUGUAUAUGAUACUGGUGGACUUUCUUUGAAAGGAAAAACGCUUAUGCCAACUAUGAAAAUUGAUAUGGCUGGAGCUGCUGGAGUUUUGGGUGCUUUUUGUACUCUAGUCAAAACAGGAUUUAAUCAACCUCUUCACUGCCUUUUGUGUAUCGCUGAGAAUCACGUUUCUCCAACUGCAACUCGUCCAGAUGAUAUAAUUAAGCUUUUGAGUGGCAAAACUGUCGAAGUUAACAAUACAGACGCUGAAGGACGUUUGGUAUUAGCUGAUGGUGUUUUUUAUGCAAAGGAAAUUUUGAAGGCCAAAACAAUAAUUGAUAUGGCAACACUUACGGGAUUCCAACCAAUGACUAUUGGACGUUUUCAUGCUGCUAUACUUUCUAAUUGUGAGCAACUUGAAAAUGAAUGUGUAAUUGCUGGAAAGAAGAGUGGAGAAUUAGUUCACCCACUUCCAUUCUCGCCCGAAUUGCAUUUUUCUGAUAUGUCUUCCAAAGUUGCUGACAUGAAAAAUGCUUGUUUGGGUGUUUCUUCUGGUCCACCAACAGCUUUAGCUGGUUUAUUUAUUGGAACACAAAUUGAUUAUGGAGGAAGAAAAAAUGUUGCUGCUGCUGUUGAAAAUGGAGGUGGAGGAGAAGGGGGAAAUGAAGAGAAGAAUGAAGAAACAAAAAUUGGUGCUGAUUGGCUUCAUAUUGAUAUGUGUGGAUUAACAGCACUUGAAAAAUGGGAUGGACGUGCAACAGGUUAUGGUGUUGCUUUACUCUGUUCGCUUCUUUCAAAACAUGUUGAUGUUAAAAUUGCAAAAUGA